AGGCAUGCUUCUUUAGACCAGGUAACAUUUCAUUUGUUGCAUUUCCAGUUUCCAGCACCAACUCACCAACAAAGAUUUUACCAAAAACCUUAGAACCAAUAAAUGUGAAUGUUGGACCCCAAAUGAUUAUAAGCACACCACAGAGACUAACCAGUUCAGGAAGUGUUCUGAUUGGGAGUCCAUAUACCCCUGCACCAGCAAUGGUUACUCAGACACACAUAGCAGAAGCUACUGGCUGGGUCCCAGGUGAUAGAAAACGGGCUAGAGAAUUUAUAGACACUGAUUUUUCAGAAAGUAAAAGAAGCAAAAAAGGAGAUAAAAAUGGAAAAGGCUUGAGACAUUUUUCAAUGAAAGUGUGUGAGAAAGUUCAGCGGAAAGGUACAACAUCAUAUAAUGAAGUAGCUGAUGAGCUGGUAUCAGAGUUCACCAAUACAAAUAACCAUUUGGCAGCUGAUUCGCAGGCUUAUGACCAGAAGAACAUUAGGAGAAGAGUUUAUGAUGCUUUAAAUGUGCUAAUGGCAAUGAAUAUAAUUUCAAAGGAAAAAAAAGAAAUCAAGUGGAUUGGCCUGCCUACCAAUUCUGCUCAGGAAUGUCAAAACCUGGAGAUAGAGAAGCAGAGGCGGAUAGAACCGAUAAAGCAGAAGCGGGCCCAGCUGCAAGAACUUCUCCUGCAGCAAAUCGCUUUCAAAAACCUGGUCCAGAGAAAUCGGCAAAAUGAGCAGCAGAACCAGGGCCCUCCAGCUCUGAACUCCACGAUUCAGCUGCCAUUUAUAAUCAUCAAUACAAGCAGGAAAACAGUCAUAGACUGCAGCAUCUCCAGUGACAAGUUUGAGUAUCUUUUUAAUUUUGACAACACCUUUGAGAUCCAUGAUGACAUAGAAGUACUGAAGCGGAUGGGAAUGUCCUUUGGCCUGGAGUCCGGCAAAUGCUCCCUGGAGGACCUGAAACUUGCUAAAUCACUGGUGCCAAAGGCUUUAGAAGGUUAUAUCACAGAUAUCUCCACAGGACCUUCUUGGUUAAAUCAGGGACUACUUUUGAACUCUACCCAAUCAGUUUCAAAUUUAGACCUGACCACUGGUGCCACCUUGUCCCAAUCAAGUGUAAACCAGGGGUUAGGCCUGGAUGCUGAAGUGGCCUUAGCAACUGGGCAGUUCCUUGCCCCAAACAGUCACCAGUCCAGCAGUGCGGCCUCUCACUGCUCCGAGUCCCGAGGCGAGACCCCCUGUUCGUUCAACGACGAAGACGAGGAAGAGGACGAGGAGGACUCCUCCUCCCCAGAAUAAAGACAGGAGAAAA